CAAACUGUUAGUACUAGUCGAUGGAAGAAGGCACCAAGGGUAAGAAGACCAUUUUCAUUGGGGGGAUUGGGGAUGAUGUUGAUGAGACGGUGAUCUACGAGCAUUUUGCGGCUUUUGGUGACAUCAUUGAAGUACAGCUACCUCCAGCACCAGCCAAUCCAUCAAAGCCGACAGAAAUCAAACAUCGUGGUUUUGCAUUCGUGACAUAUUCUUCUCCUGCAGAUGCUCAGGAUGCAAUCGACAACAUGGAUCUCAAUGAGUUACGGGGCAGGGUGCUGAAAGUCAACCAAGCCAAGCCUAUGAAAAGCUUGCAACCUCCAGAUGGGAAUAGAGCUAUCUGGGAGUCAGAAGAAUGGCUGCAAGAGUUCGCGAAGCCAUUAGCACAAAGUGGAGGUGUGCAAGGUCGUACGGCCCAGCGAGCUCCUUCUGGAGAAGCCGAAGAGCAAGCCAACAAUGAAGAGCCGGAUGCAAUGGAAGAGUAGCCGGGCCAUGCUGACUUAGUCGCCAUUUCCAUGACAAGUGGAACGAACUGUUUUAGCGAAACCCCACCACCUUGUUAGUCUCGACAGCUUCCUCCCUCAUGCCCGCAAGAAAGUCAUGUUGCGGGAUCGGAAACAAUGUAAUGUUGGCAUCGGCGAAUGGGUCUGCAGUGUCAAGAUAUAAAAAAUACAGAUGUAGAACAAUGAUGUAAAGAAUA